AUGGGUUUGCCUGACAAGUGAAACAGACGUUCACACGAGCUGAGCGCUGCUGCCUCAGUGAGGAUCACCGUGCGGGAGAGGAAUGGCAGGCUGGGGAGGCUUCUUCGUUUCUCUCCUCAACUACAAGACGGAGAAAUAUGUCAUCGCCGAAAACAGGAAGAUAGGAAUAUUAUUCAGACUGUACCAGCUGGCUGUACUGGGAUACAUAAUCGGGUGAGCUGCAGUGUCGUUUUUAGAGUGAUUCACAAAGUUAAAAAUAGUGUAGCUUGUCUAAGUGGUCACUUUGUUUCUGUUGUUGAGGUGGCCCGCUGUGCCGAAGUAUUCGUGUUUUCUUCUUGAAACUGUAAAUGUCAGAUAGGGUAGAUUGUGUUGUUGAAUUCAUUAAUGUCUCAAAUUUCUGCAGAGACAGGAAGUUCUGUGUGUGAUGUCACUGAAAUGAUGGGCAGGUGACAGGGACAGUGUGGUGACGUCUGAUUGUAACUGGUUUGACCUUUAAAACUUCGUUGAACUCUUUUUACAACACAACACAUAAUAGAUUUAGAGGUAACAGUGGGGGAGUAUAAAGGCCAGUCGUGAACUUUGUCUCAUCUUUGGCAGGCGGUGAUCCUGUUAUUGCCAUGCCAUGUCCGAGACUUCGAGCGUCACUCCACCCACGUUGCACAUCUGAGUGCUGUUAAAAUAUCAGAUAUUCAUAUUCAUAUUCUAACAUUAAUAUAAAUAUAUAAAUUUGUCAUGUUUUAUUUAACUGUGUGCUACACCCCAGUCAUGUAAACAUGGGGACUUACCUCAAACCUGGGAGAAUGGCCUCAUCUCUGUCCCCCACAUGGCAGAUAUAGCUAUGUAGUACCUUUGCCAUUUUAAAUAGCAAGUCAGAAUUAAUGUCAAAAACUAUGUACAUAAUUUGUGUGUAUGUGUGUGUGGGUAGGUGUGUGUGUGUGUGUGUGUGUGUGUGUGUGGGGGGGGGGGGGGGGGGUCAUAUCUGUUUUUUAAGUUUUCAAACCUGAUUUUUUUUUAUUACAAAGGUAACCCCAUAUGUAUAUCACUUAAGGCAACACUGGGUUAAAGCAGCUCCCUCUUUUGUUCUAACACCCUCAGACUUCAAAGAAUAAAGUUAUCAUAUUAAGUAGGUAAGACAUAUAAUUGAUAAUGACUGUAUUUCACACUCCAGUAUAAUGUUGACAUACUGUCCUAAAAAUGAAAUAAACUAUGGUAAGAGAUAAUGUAAUCAAAAUAAUUGGCACAAAUUGACAUCAAAAUAAAACUAGACUAGGCAGGCAGUCGGCUCUUCAUAGCAACAGUCGACUAUUUACAUAUGGCAGACUGUUGACAUGAAAUGCUGGCAAUAACCAAUAAGAAUCAUGUACUCAAAAUGGCUGAGCAAUUAAUGGUCAAUUGUUUUACUAGUAAAAGAACUGAAUUAGAAAAAUAGUUCAUAUGUUUUGGACAAUGUGUUAUUUUGAUGGGCUUUUUAUGAUAUAAUCUAUGGCAGGCCCUGGAAUAAUAAAUCUUUAAAUCAGUUCAAACUAUUCGGUACCAUAUUUUGUGCAGUAAGCAAUCUGAGAGACUUUUAACCAGAAUACAUUCAUAAAAUUGGUCCUAUUUAUAUAUUUGUGAGUACACCUGAUGACAGUUUGAAUGUGUGUGCAUAUGUGUGUGUGUGUGUAUGUGUGUGUUGUCACCUAAACUGAACCACCAGGCCUCCUAUCUCACACGCUGGAGACUGUUUCAUUAAACCAACCUGUCCUCGUGUUCUAUAAACUAUCAAAACUAAGGUUCUUCUUCUUCAGGUGGGUGUUUGUGGUAAAGAAAGGUUACCAGGAGCGAGAGGAGGCUAUCCAGACCUCCGUCAUCACAAAACUCAAAGGUGUGACACUGACCAACAGCUCAGAGACCGGCCUUCACCUGUGGAGCUCUGAAGAUUAUGUCAUACCUCCUAAUGUGAGUGAAUCUAUCUAUCUAUCUAUCUAUCUAUCUAUCUAUCUAUCUAUCUAUCUAUCUAUCUAUCUAUCUAUCUAUCUAUCUAUCUAUCUAUCUGUCUGUCUGUCUGUCUUAGCCUAUUUGUCAAUCUUAACCCCUCAUGCAUUUCUACUGCUGACACUCAUUUCUACCUUUAUGUUAACCUUUUUUAUGUCAGUCAUUAUACCAAUCUCCAUGUCCACCUCAUUUCAGUCUUUACCUCUAUGUGAACUCUAAUCUCUAUUUUUAUGAUAAAAUUACAUCUUAUUUCCUCAUUCAUCUCAAGAUCUAUCUCUAUAUUGAUCCUCUAGUUUUCCACUCCAACAAUUUUUCACACCUAUGCAUUUAAAUAUUUCUGCUACCACCAUUACAUAUUUCCCAUAAUCUUUGUCUGCCUUUGUCUCCAAACCUGUUUCAUCUAAUAUCUCAACAUUUAACCUGAUGUAAAUCUCUUAAAUUUCUUCCACAUGUGUGUCAUUAUCUGUCGGUAAGUCUAUCUCAACAUUCAUCUCUGUCUCAACCUGCAUGACUGUAUUGACAUCAAUCUCUUAAUCAAUUCCUGUGUACAUCUCAACAUUGUUUGCAACAUCUUUAUCUUAGUAAAUCUGAAAAUGUAUCUUUAUGUCCAUCUUUACAACUAUCAUUAUGUCCUUUAUUCAUCCUUCUGUUUGUUUUUACAUCUACCUUUAUAUCUUUUUAGAAUUUAAUCUUCAGUCUAGCUCUCAACCCAUCUCAAAAAUUGUGUCUUCUUAUACAGUCAUCUAUUCAUGUCUUCAUGAACAUCUGUCCAUCCAUUUCUACAUCCAUCUCCAUUUAUAUCUUAACAACAAUCUUACACUUAUCUAUGAACCUAUAUUGUAUUUCUACUUUUAUCUCUUUUUAUUUCAUUUUAACCAUCUCUUCAUCAGUCUCUACAUCCUGGCAUAAUUGUCAACAUCUAUCUAUCUAUCUAUCUAUCUAUCUAUCUAUCUAUCUAUCUAUCUAUCUAUCUAUCUAUCUAUCUAUCUAUCUAUCCAUCCAUCCAUCCAUCCAUCCAUCCAUCCAUCCAUCCAUCCAUACAUACAUAUAUUUGUUUAUCUAUCUAUCUAUCUAUCUAUCUAUCUAUCUAUCUAUCUAUCUAUCUAUCUAUCUAUCUAUCUAUCUAUCUAUCUAUCUAUCUAUCCAUCCAUCCAUCCAUCCAUCCAUCCAUCCAUCCAUCCAUCCAUCCAUACAUACAUAUAUUUGUUUAAAAUUUCCUUCACCCAUCUCAACAAUCUAUCUAUCUAUCUUAUCUAUCUUAUCUUUGCUUUUUCCUUUGUGUAUCAAUAUUCGUAUGUGUAUCUCUGUUUAUCUCAACUAUCUUUAAAUAUUCUAUAUCUUCAUUUAUUUCUACAUUUUUCAUAUAUUCAUCCAGGUUUAUAUCUAAAUGCAUCCUUAACCUAUAUAUCUCUACAGCUAAGUCUAUAAAUGACUCUUCAUUUAUAAACAAUAUAUCUCUAUGUUUUCAUAUGACAUAUUUCUCUACAUAUAUCCAUUUAUUUAUUUCUGUAUUUAUCUCAACAGAUAUUGUUGCAUAUAUUACCUUGUUUUAUGUAUUGGGAGCUUAUUUCUUUAUUUAUAUGUCCAUAUAUUUCUACAGACAUCUCUACAUAUAUCUCUAAUUUUAUGGCUACAUCUAUCCACAUCUGCCCUUACAUUCAUCUCUCUGUCUAGCACCUUAUUUGUGUCCUUGUCUAACUACAUAGAAAUCCAUUUCUUUGUUUUCCUCUUUACCUUUAUACUAAAGAGGUUCAUUCUGUCUGUUGAUGAUAAAUUUAUAUACCUAUGUUUUGUUGUCUCUUUUAACUAUUUCUACAUUUAUCUCUUUAUGUGUAGCUCUUCAGCUAGCCCUGUAUUUCCCAGAGUCUAUAGCUUUAUAGACCUCAACCUUUGUCUCCAUCCUUAUCUGUCCUUUUUGUUCCUGUUUCUGUAUCCAUAUCUCUACAUUUAUGUACGCACCAUCUUUCCAUCUUCUCCUUCAUCUGCCUUCUUCAGUCUAUCUCCUCAUCCAUCUAUGUUUACCUCUUGCUGUGUCCUUUUAAACCAUUCUCAACAUCCCCACAUUUGUAUGUCUGUCUGUCUGUAGGUCAGUGUUGAUGUCAAAUGCCCUCUGUCAGGAGAAACUAGAGGCUAUUGAGUAUCAGCUCUAAUGAAUAUCAUUAACAUCAGCAUCUGUCUAAACAGAUUAAGGAUAUUGAACUUCUUUGAAGGCUUAAUUUCUUUAACCUUUUGCCUCUCUGGAUCUGACAGUCUGGAUCUAAUUCUAUUUUGCAGGGUGAGCAGGUGUUCUUCGUUGUAACAAAUUACAUUGAGACACCCAAUCAGAGGCUGGAAUUCUGUGCGGAGGUGAGUGCACACUGGAAGAAGAAACCUUUUAUGAUGACACUUGAUUGUGCUUUUUUUUCCCAUCCUUGUAAAUGAAGUUGGCAGCCUUGUCAUCCUGUAAGGUUUGAUCUGUCUCACAGAGUUACAAGGUUCCAGAUGGACGAUGUCAAAGUGAUGAUGACUGCCCUGCAGGGGAGGCUGUGAUAGCUGGCAAUGGUGAGGAUAUUUCCUCUUAUUUUAGUCAUGACAAAACCUAGGGUAUGUUAACUUUGAAUAUAUGUGCCAUUUAUUUUCAGACUCAUGUGUUACUCAAAAUCACUUGUCUUUUAUGCCGGCCCCUGACAGUCUACCAAUAUUCUUCACAGUGAUCUUUGUUAGUAUAUUUUUCCAUAUCUAAUAUCGAAGAUUAACAUAUACAUGUUUUCCAUGAGGGACACAUUAAUCAUAAAGUAAAAAUUAUAUCAUGUUUUUUUCAAAUUAGUAAUCUUGUGAUAAUUACCUUUUAAGUUAGUAGCCGAGCAAUGUCAAACGUAACUCUUAGAGGUUUUCAUAAUGAUAAAAUCAAACUUCUCCUCUCUGGGAAAACAAGUUAAUCUUGGUUCUUGUAUUUGCUGCUUUUAGGUCCAAUUAAAUGCUUUCUCACAUUUCUUUCCCCUAAAUGGUUCUCAGGAAAUACAAGCUAGCUAGCACUGAUGAAUCAUUAAUGGAUUUGUGUCUAAAUGUUCUUACAUUUAGCCCCAUUUGCUACUACAAACAAUAACCAUGAAAAGUUCCUUCCAAGCUUCCUGUUAUUGUGGGAAACAUGUUAAUGGGCAGGUUCAAACAGCACCGUGAAAGCCUUUUCAUACAGAAAUAUAAUUUGCAUUCAGUUGACUCAUCUUUACAUGCUUAUAGUAAAAAUAUGUCUGGUUAUGAAUAUUUUGUAUUGUAUUUGAAGUGGUCUCUCAAGGCUGCACCAUGCCAACAGUCUUUGGUCUCUCUCCAUCAGGAAUAAAGACUGGUGUGUGUCUAAACAGCACAGGGACCUGUGAGAUCCACGCGUGGUGUCCUGUCGAAUACAGCAAGAGACCCACGUGAGACCGCUUCUCUUACAGAACUCUGGAAAUUUGCCAUUUUGUGCCACUAGACUGACACUUACUCUGAUCCCCGUAGGGACAGAGAUAUUUCACAGCUUCUAUUUAUUACUGAUGCAGCCUGUCAGCUCCACUCGUCUUGUUUUUUGUUCUUCACACAGCUGCUUGUCUCUUCCACUUGUAGAGAGCCCUUAUUAAAUGAGGCGGAGAACUUCACCAUCUACAUCAAGAAUUUCAUCAGGUUCCCAAAGUUUGAAUUCUCAAAGUAAGUGGCUCUAAGUGGAGGAGUGCCGGUUUCAAGGCACCGGGACAGAGCCCACCGCUGAGUGAGCUGAGGGAUAUGCAUGCCCCAGUGGCUGCUUUAAAUAACUUUAGGGUGCAGAGAGCCUUCUAUUUAUACUAACCAGAGCAUUGCUCUGAGUGAGACAGUGAAACAGUCAUCUGAGACGUCCUUGACAGCAGGCUGUGCCCUGGACAGGUGUCCGAUCAGAUGGGGGUAGCCCAGAGAGCUGUGCUGCUGCUCUCUCUGUGGCUGAGGGUUCAAGUGCUGCAAGAAAGCAGAGAGAUGCCACAAGCUGCUGUUAAUUCAUUAGUCAGGAUAUUAACCUGGUUACACAACCAUCUCUUCUGCUCUGCUCUAACCUGCAUGUGCUUUAGCCUAAUGAGAAUGUGCCUGUUGUACAAAUCCCACCCACUGGAUGGUAAUGAAAAUGGAAACGGCAACACUGCACAUCCUACAGUGAGAAGCAUCCAGUUACACUUUUCUCUGAGUUACAGGGUGUAGCAGUGUUGAUUGACAUACACACACUGUAUAUGUGGCUAUAAGUGUUCGAGUGUGGAGAACAGGCUUUCAAGCAGAGAUGGAGACCUUUAGAGUAGCUUUAGCUUUAAACCAGGAAAAACCCAAAUGAAGUUUAUUUUAAAUGUAUAGAGGCAAAUCCUACACAUUUAAGUCUCUAUUUAAGUAUCUACGUAUACAAAUAUAAAAAGUAAUACAUUAUUUAAUCUAGUCAUUUAUUUUGCUCCACUGACACAAGUCCCUCACCAAAUGGAGCUGGAUUUUUGACAAACAGCACAUUGAUUUCAUGUAUUCCUGUGUUUUGGGAAACAGGGUCCCACAGACGAGCAACCUGGUUUGAUGUACAUUUAUCUGUGUGUUUGAUAAACAAUUUUACUGAUUAAAUAAGAGUCUGCUGACAGCUUCAUAUGUGAUCCUGAGGUAGUCUAUCCCCUAAUUUGGAUAUAUUUUACACUUAUGGAACAACAGAUCACAUGGCUGGGAGUAAAUGCUUCAUAAGACAUUGUAAAAGAGCCUAAGGUUAUUCAUUAAUGGUGUCUAAAAUGAAGGCUUAAAAGUCAAAUCCCAGACAGCAGGUUGAGAAAUGUGUGUUUUUUAUCAAGGCUGGUUUCAACGGUUCCUGGAAAUCAGAUGUUUGUUGACAGAUGUUUUUCAUGUCCUGCUGUUUUAACCCUUUAGGUCCAAUGUCCUCGAAACAUCUAAUGACAGCUACCUGAAAAAAUGCUCCUUUGAUAGAAAUUACAACCCAUACUGCCCCAUCUUCCGCCUGGGAGACCUGGUCAGCUGGACGGGGAAUGACUUUCAGGAAAUGGCUACUAAGGUACCAAAUGUUAUAAUGUGCUGAACAAGACCGUGUGCAGCAGUGAUGGUGGAUCAAACAAAUAUUCACAAUUAACAUUUUCUUUGAAAAAGAGGAUGUACAAUGAAAGAUUUUUUUUUUAAUUAAUCAACUGUUAUCCUUAAAAUCACAUAAUGAUGUCUAGCCCCAUCUUUACUCCUGUACCUCAUGAAAAUCUUAUCUUUUAAUGUUUUUUAAACUGAUAUAAGUUUGGACACAGCUUUAGCUCCACAUUCAAACUCUUCUAUAGUUUCACUUUACUGACUGACGUUAAAACACUUUCCUCUUUGCAUGGACCUUUACAGCAUUUUAUUUUGACUGUAUUAAAUAACCAGGGGCUAAAGUGAUACGUGUGAGCACUAAAAGACAGAAAGUCUGUGUUUUGGUCUGUCAGGGCGGCUCUGUUGGCAUUCUCAUCGAGUGGGACUGUGACCUGGACAAGGACGCCUCGCUCUGUAAACCUGAGUACAGCUUCACCCGGUUGGAUGUGAAUGUGAAUAACUCAGUUACAUCAGGUUACAACUUCAGGUAUGUCCUCUCGGACAUUCACAGAUUUAAAUCUGUCAGCUGACUCUUUCUAUUUUCUGGCAAAUUUUGUUUUAUUUCAAUUAUCCACAUUUUUAUACUUACAGAUAUGCCAGGUACUACAAGAAUGAAAGUGGUGAAAGUUAUCGGGAUUUGUAUAAAGUAUAUGGGAUCCGCUUCGAUAUCAUGAUCAAUGGAAAGGUAGUGGUGAUAUCGGCAACAUUUACUCACAGGGCAGUGCCCGAGUUUAAAACUAGAUGCUGAGCUGUUUGUAUUUUUUCAUUCCAGGCUGGGAAAUUCAAUAUCAUUCCCACAAUAAUCGCUAUUGGGUCGGGUGUUGCUCUGCUGGGUGUGGUGGGUAAUUUUUGAAUUAUUACAUUAAUGUGUCCGUGGAAGAUGCUGUGUUGUUAUGGAGUUGUUUUGCUUUAUUAUUGUACCACUAGAGGGUGAUAGAUGAUCACCUGUGAAAAACAAAGACUGACGUUUUCUCUCUUCAUAGGGAGCCUUUGUGUGUGACAUGAUUUUGCUCUACAUGAUGAACACAAGCUCCCUCUACCGAGAGAGGAAGUUUGAAAUCAUCAACUUCAAGUAUGAAUAUUCAUUAAUGGACUAUAGUAACUGGUGAAAUGCACUUUUUUUUUUCAGUUUCCUUGGCACAUUAUUCAAACCAUUUUUAAAGUUGUCAGCACAAAAUGUCUUUCCUGAAAAAGCUGAUUGUACAGCAAAAUAUCACAACUGAUCUGGAAAUUGGGAGACAGAUGAUGGUUGUAAAACUUUUUGCGUCAGCACCCAUAACUCACUGCCAGUUAUAUAAAGUACAAAAAAGACCAAUUCAGCCAUCUGCAUGAAUAUCAUAAACCUUGUGAUUUGAUGUCAAAGACAGGGUUUCCCUUUUGUUACAAUACACACUGGAGUAGGUAGUAAAAAAUAACCAAAAUGUGCAAAAACAGAGACAGCACCAUGCUAAUGUACAUACAUGUGAUAUGUGAUUAUCCUAAACAAGGUUUACCAAAGUAAAAUAACAUUUCUACUCUCUCUGCAAGGGACAAAACCCCAAAUAUACUUUCUCUUUAACUCAGAAGUGUGUGAAUGUGUUUGGGAGACAUAAACGAGUCUACGCAUGCAAACUUUGUUGACAAUUUAUGUGUAUAAUUAGUAAAUUAGUGAUCUAUUCUGACAGGCACAUAUUUGUAUAAGUAAUAGAUGUUUGAUAAUGACACUGAAUUGAGUCUUAGACCUGUUACACAGAGUUGAAAGUAGACAACCCUGAGAGGGUGUGCAUUAGUAUGGUGCGAAUGGUAUGAAACCACCAAGUUCAGCAUAAUGACACCACCACUGGGACAAACAGAUGGCCAGACAAACAUUCGUUAAAAUAGCUGACAGCGCAUAUCAACAGCCACUCCAAAAAAAUGAAACAGAGCAAAUCAAAAACAACCUUCAAACUUCAAUUCUACUGUUUUCUAAUCCCUGAUAGUAAUAUAUACUGACACACACUUUUCUCAUGUUUUUUUGCAUCAGGAAGGAAAAAGACAAACCAAAGGAAGGGAAAUCAGGACACAGAGAGAGGAGAUCCAGGAAACCACAUGCAGAGAAAGAUGCUGAAAACUCCAUCAAAAAGCUGGAGGAGGAAACAUGCUCGCCUGCCGAGAACCAACAGCCUCCGGACAAACGAGGUCCCACCAUUCCACGCAACACAGGACAGCGCUACACCAUUCUCUCUCCCCAGGGUGCGGAGGCGAGACAUCACAUCACUUUCUCUUCAGACGCUUAAGUUUCCUGGUAGAACAAAUGAGUCACAUCACCUGUGGUGGACGUGUUCAUGUCUCUGAGGUGGAACCUGUUUGGACUUUUCACCUCACUGCAAAACUGCCUGUAAGCCACUGUUUCAGUGAUGCUUAUUUUGACUGAAGAUUCAUUGGUCCAAGAAUAGGUUAAUGUCUGACACUGUGAGCCAGGAUGCUGAUGGAGGUUCACUCACAAAAGUGGAUUUUAAUACCCGCUGGGUGUGGAUCCAAAGGAGAGAUGUGGAAGAUAACAGGUCCAUAAUAGAUUAGAGUACUGUGGUAAUGUCAAUGAAAUUGUAAAAAAAAAUGCAUUAAAAAUAAGUGAAGCAAAUGUUAACUUAAUGCUAGUAUGCUGCUUUCAAAUGUUAAUAUUAAACAUAUUGUUAUUUUAUGACAUGAAAUCAUUACUUCAAGCUUUGGUGGCUAUUGAUCAGACAAAGGAAGCAUCAUUUUAGAUCCAGUUAUAUGUAUUAGGCUGAGGUGUUUAUUUUGGCCUUGUGAUAGACACAGAACAAAGAUUACUUUGCUCACAUUUCAUGAGAUAGGGAAAGAAGUACAUCAAUAGUUGCAAAGAGACUCCAAAGAACUGUCUGGCUUUUUCACAUAUUUUUAACACUGCAAAAAGGGUAAAUAUGAUGGAUUCUUUCAAAUGGAAUGAAAUUAAGUUGUUUCAGGUUAGGUUAAAAAAAAAAAAAAAAAAAGAGGACUAAUCUGAUGAAUCAGACUGAAAAAUACACUUUAUCAAUAUUGUGUGAUCAGAGGAAUUAAACUGUAAACACAAAGGGAAAAUGUUCAAAGAUCUGCACUAAGAUGAAUCACAUCAUGAAAAAGAUGUGAGCGGUUUAAACUGUUGAUAGUUUGGCUGAAUGCUCCCGUCUUGUGUCAGACGUUUUCUGUCUUCUGCUGUAUGCUGAGCUGGCUGUGAUGGUGAUGGCUUAAACACAAUCUUAUUCACAAUUGAGUUUAUCAUAUUGUGUCACUGUCAGAAGUCCUUUGCUGAUGACGCAGCUGAUAGUUGAUGAAUGGUGCUAAAUGUUAAUGUGCAUGGACCCUCUCUCCCAUGCUGCUUUUACUGUGUGUUCCUGAAGAAAACAAAACAAUUGUCCUGUUGAUUCUCCUGUUAGUGCCAAAUAACCUGGCAGACAGAGAUUAAUAACCAUUACAAAUGUGUUGUUCAGAGGUAUUUAUUUCAAUCAGUAUUCAGAUUUGUUUUAAUUAAAUUAUAAUGAAAUGUCA